AUGGCACGCACCAGGACCCAUACAGUAGAGUCAAAGAUAACGGCACGCACCAGGACCCAUACAGUAGAGCCAAAGAUAACGGCACGCACCAGGACCCAUACAGUAGAGUCAAAGAUAACGGCACGCACCAGGACCCAUACAGUAGUCAAAGAUAACGGCACGCACCAGGACCCAUACAUAGUACCAAAGAUAACGGCACGCACCAGGACCCAUACAGUAGAGCCAAAGAUAACGGCACGCACCAGGACCCAUACAGUAGUCAAAGAUAACGGCACGCACCAGGACCCAUACAGUAGAGUCAAAGAUAACGGCACGCACCAGGACCCAUACAGUAGAGUCAAAGAUACCGGCACGCACCAGGACCCAUACAGUAGAGUCAAAGAUAAUGGCACGCACCAGGACCCAUACAGUAGAGUCAAAGAUAACGGCACGCACCAGGACCCAUACAGUAGAGGCAAAGAUAACGGCACGCACCAGGACCCAUACAGUAGAGUCAAAGAUAACGGCACGCACCAGGAACCAUACAGUAGUCAAAGAUAA